AUGUAUGGAAGAGUCGCUCGAACAUCUUUUUCAAUGGCAGCUGUAGCUGGUGUAUUAUAUAAUCUUAAUGGAACAUCAAAAGAAAAAGAAAUUUCAGAUAUUAGAAUGAGAAAAGAUAACUCCAUGAAAAAUGCAUAUUUUCCUAUAGAAAAAAAAUGGGAUAGUAACUGGGAUUUGCGUGAUUCACAUUCCCUUAUAAAAUCAAAAGAAUGGGAUAAUGCUACAGAAACGGAGAGAGAAGAUAUGCUACGUAAAGUUACUCCCAAAGCCACAAGAAAUAUUUUUCUCAUAAGACAUGGACAGUAUCAUUUAAAAAGUAUUGAUAGAAAUUUGACUGAUCUUGGAAAAAAGCAAGCUGUCUUACUAGGAAAACGUCUAUCUUCAAAUGGUAUAGAAUUUGACAAGGUUACAUAUUCAACGAUGAACCGCGCCAAAGAAACUGCACAAAUAAUGAUGAAUGAAAUGAAGGAGAUAGAAUCUAAAAGUGAUUCGAUGUUAGAAGAAGGGGCACCAUAUCCACCAGAACCAUCUGUUAGUAGUUGGAGACCUUUAGCACAGGAGUUCUUCGAGGAUGGAGCAAGAAUCGAGGCUGCAUUUAGAAAAUAUAUUCAUCGUGCUGAACCAAGUCAAAGUAAAGAUUCAUACGAACUUAUUGUUUGCCAUGCAAAUGUUAUUAGAUAUUUUAUUUGUCGUGCCCUUCAAUUGCCUCCAGAAGCAUGGCUUAGGAUGUCAUUGGGAAAUACUUCUAUAACAUGGUUAGUUAUUAGACCAAAUGGAAAUGUAAGUAUUCGUUGUAUUGGCGAUAUUGGACAUUUGGAUAAAGAUACUGUUUCAUUUACAUGA